UAUUUGGCUAUCAAUCGCUUAACCGCUAUUAGUUUUGUCUAUGUAGAUUUUAAAAUCAAUAGGCGGGGCCUACUGACACAAUAUACUUUUAGUCGACAUUAAAUAAUAUUCGUUGCAUCGAUCAAACAGUUUUUUAUCAGAUAUUGCUAUUGUGGCUCCCUUGCUCAUUCUUGCGUUUGGCUGUGAAUGGUAGCGCCGAUCACAUGCAGGAUAGUAUAUUUAUUGCGUUUUCGGGUCGGGAUCUUUUGAUUGUGGCUCAAGAUUCCUAAUCAAUUAUUAUUGCAAAUUUUAGUCUCGUAUUAUGGGGAGACAUGGGUUGUAAGGCUCUAUAUCAAAUACUAUAUAAAUAUAGUACAAUUAUCAUGAUUUAGUUGAUAUUGCUGUUAUUAUUAUUAUUAUAACCCUAUAACAUACGUUAAAUAUAAAAGUAAUAAGAUGUCUACAGGUCAUAGAUUUGGUAAUUUUGAUAUUCAUUUCUACAAUGGUGUAGAUGAAGUUGAUAAAGAUGGUGUAUUAGUCAUUAAUAAAAAGAAUAGAGAUGCUUCUAAUUUCCCAGAUUUCUUACCAACUUGGGAUCCAACUCAAAAAUAUCCUCCUUUAAAAUUCUUUAAACACGAAGAUCCAGGUGCUAGAGCUGAUCCAAGUUUAUCUACUUUGUUUCCAAAGAAUGGUGAUUAUGAACUUAAAAAAGUUACUCCAAAAUUUGGAACCCAAGUUACUGGUGUUCAAUUAAGUCAAUUAGAUGAUAAAGGUAAAGAUGAAUUAGCUUUAUUUGUUGCUCAAAGAGGGGUUGUUAUUUUCAGAGAACAAGAUUUUGGUUCCAAAGGUCCAGAAUUUGCUGUGAAAUACGGUGAACACUUUGGUAGAUUACAUAUUCACCCAACCUCAGGUGCUCCAAGAGGACAUCCUGAAUUACAUAUUACUUUCAGAAGACCUGAUAAAAAUGAGUUUGAAAGAGUCUUUUCUCAAAGAACUAGUAAUGUGGGAUGGCAUUCUGAUGUUUCUUAUGAAUUACAACCACCAGGUACCACUUUCUUUUCAGUCUUAGAAGGUCCUGAUGCUGGUGGUGAUACUAUUUUCGCUGAUACAGUUGAAGCUUAUAAAAGACUUUCUCCAGCUUUUCAAGAAAGAUUAGCAGGAUUAAAUGUUUUACAUACUUCUAAAGAUCAAGCUUCCAAUUCAAGAGGUCAAGGUGGUAUCGAAAGAAGAAAACCAGUUUCUAACAUUCAUCCUUUAAUCAGAACUCACCCUGCUACAGGUGAAAAAGCCAUAUAUUUAAACAAGCCUUUCGCUAGAAGAAUUGUGGAAUUAAAAGAAGAAGAAUCAGAUUAUUUACUUAAAUUCUUAUUCGAUCAUAUUGAACUGUCUCAUGAUUUACAAUUGAGAGCUAAUUGGGAACCAAAUUCAGUUGUUAUCUGGGAUAACAGACGUACAGUUCACUCAGCUAUUAUUGAUUGGGAUACUCCAGUUUCAAGACAUGCUUUCAGAAUCACUCCUCAAGCCGAAAGACCUGUUGAAGAUUUAAAAGACUUAAACAAGGAAGAACAUGAUGUUGGCGAUCUUGAAGAAGCCUUAAAAUCUGUUAAAACUUAAUUUAUCAAUAAAAAGUUCUGAACGUUUAGUUAUAUAUUAAUAAAAACAAAAAUUU